AAAAGUUGCGGUUGUUGCAAAGCUAUCGUUUCUUCUUCUUGAUCGCUUGCUGUUGUUAUUGUUGUCAUUGGUUUCGUACUGGUUGUUGUUUUUUUUUGUUUUAAACUGUGUGGUGUUAAUGUGCGCGGUGUUUUCCCUAUGGCAACUGCAAUGCUGGCCGAUCGCGGUUUGAGGAGCAAAAUGGGCCCGACCGAGGAGACUGUAAAGCCUCCUGUCAAGAAGGCCGUGAAGCGGAAGAGCACAGGCUCCGUGUCCGGUAGCUCCAAGUGUCCCGAGCAGAACAACAACGUGAAACGCGCCCAUCUCAGCGUAGUGGACAGCAAAGUCGACAUGUUCGCCUCCUAUCAGCCGUGGGUCAUACAGACGUACGGUGACCUGGCUAAGACCAAGACGGUCACGCUGAAAAAGUACGCGCGGAUCUUAAGAACGCUGCGCUUCGAGGAGGUCGCCAGUGCGGACAACAGCAAGUUCCGGUUCUGGGUAAAAGCGAAAGGGUUUCAUAUGUAUAAGCCGGCCGGCUACGAGGCGCGACCAGCGGACGCCAUCGUCGGCAGAUACAGCGUGUGCGACGUCGACGAGGGUAUUCCCCCCGUCAAAACAAAACUCUCCGGUUCCGCCAAGGAUCCCUUCCUCUACGUGCCCAACGCUCCGUUCAAGAACUCCAGCGGGGAACCGGUAUACAGGAAAGUGGCGAUCGUCGAAAACUUCUUUGAUAUCAUCUACAACGUCCACGUCGAAUUGGAGGGUCGUCCGGGAAAGCACGCGGGACAAAAACGGACUUAUCGAACGAUAACGGAGACGUACGCGUUCCUGCCUCGGGAAGCCGUCACUCGCUUCCUCUUGGGCUGCACGGAGUGUCAGAAGCAUCCCCGGUCCCCAUCACCGAUCUCGGUACUGCCAACACCCAGUCCGAGCCCCACGCUACCCCCGUUGAUGCUGGGGACGGUUGCAGCGACGACCACGACGCCCACGGCCGCAACGCCUCUGCUUCCGGUGCAGCACGUCCACCCGACGAGUCCCUCAGAAUACCACCCGCAAAUACAGCCGACCUACUUGGAUCUGGGCAAUUCCACAAAAAGUAAAACUCCACCCCCGACGAAAAGCAACACCCCUCCGCCGCCAACGUCGCAUCCGCAUCAUCAUCUGUCUCCUCUGACCCUGGACCUGUCGCAACCACAUCUCCACCACCUUAAAAACGAGGACACUAUCCAGAAUUACUCUAAAAUCGAAACGCAUCCGCGAAGUCCCCAGAGGUCCACGAAUCCUUUGGACGUAUGCAACUUAACGUCCAGAGACUCUCCCAGAACGCCGCCAAAGAAGCGACAUCUUUAUCAAACCUGCACCACGUCCACGCCGACCACCCCCAAGCUUUGGUCUCCCGUCGAGAGCAUCGAACGCGAGCAGUCGGAACUCAUCCGGCGGCGGCGGGAGGGUUUCAUGGCCACCGAGAUUGACUAUUCCCUGCCCAUCACCACCACCUACUUGAAAUACAUGCGAAGCCUUGGGUGCACCGAUGAGGACGCCCUCAAGUUCGAAAGCAAAAACGAUAACCUCUCCAUGCCGGAAUCUUCAGAGCCCAAUGAGGAAGAUCAAUUCUCAGGGUCCGGGAUUAUGAAAGAAUCCGACAAAUUCAAGUUGAUGCUCUUGGCGUGGAACUACCACAAUCAGACACAAGCUGGAAACAGAAAUGGAACUGCAGAUGCGCCCGAGUUAUCGAACUUGGCGAGCAGCGAAGAGAUGGCGGGACUGUGGGCUCAGUAUCAUUCAGCCCUGGGAUUGGCCAAAGGGAAGGCAACGCCUCCGGUGCCCAGGGACCAAUCUAGUCCGGUGAAUGCCGAAACGGGCUCAGCUCACGACGAAACGAGUUCCAGCGGUAACAAGGAAGAUGAGGACGACGAUGACGACGAGAGCGACGACAAAAUUGACAUACACUCACACGACCCAGAAAGGUUGAAAGCCUUCAACAUGUUUGUCAGACUAUUCGUCGAUGAAAAUCUGGAUCGUAUGGUGCCGAUCAGUAAGCAGCCAAAGGAGAAAAUUCAGGCUAUCAUCGACUCGUGCACGAGGCAAUUCCCGGAAUUUGCAGAACGCGCACGGAAAAGGAUCAGGACGUAUCUGAAGUCCUGCAGGAGGAAUAAGAGGGCACGAGAUCCGAAUUCACCUUGGGAUGCCACAAGACCUACUCCGGCGCAUUUAACAUCUGUCCAAGCCGAACAAAUUUUGGCCACAGCAUGUGAGAACGAGAGUCACAAUGCGAAGCGGAUGCGACUGGGGCUCGAACCAGUGAGUCAACCGAUGCCUUUACUGCCCGGUACUGCACCCACAGAUACGACGGCAACGAUAAGCAGGGGCAUGGACUUCACAGGAAGUACACCUGUCAAAUUGGAAAGCGAUGUCGUGUCGAGUGUCUUCCCCUCGUCCACUACACCCUCGACAACGCCCAAUUCUAUCAGCAAAAGCCUUUCCCUCACGCCGGACAUGAAACCCAGCACAUUAAGUGUAUCAAGUGCAAUGGGUACGACACCUAUGAACGGGAUCGGGAUCUCUUCGAGCACGGCAGGAUCAGCGCCGACAGCGAUGUACAGACCGAACUUCUCUCAGGCUUUCCAAAGGGCCGGACCCUAUCCCCUGUUCCCAGGUCAGAGUCCCUUCGCCACAGCCACCGUCAGCGGAAGCAGCGGCAGCGGUCUUCUCACAAAUGGUCCAGCAGAUCUGAGCAUGAAGCAGAAACCUCUGUUGAAUCACAAACUGAGCACGGGCGAGAUGGCAGCAGUCCGGCAACUGAUCACCGGAUACCGCGAAUCCGCAGCGUUUCUACUGAGAUCCGCCGAUGAACUGGAGCAGCUUCUUCUGCAGCAGCAAUAAAAAAAAAGUGCAUAAAAAGAAAGAAAACAGAAUCGUUGCACUGUUUGGUAGAGAGUGCAUCAAGAAGGUUAAUGUUUAAAAACAAAACAAACACGAGCUUGUAGUCAGAUUUGCCAUACCAUAAUUUGUUCUUAAGUUUCUUACGGUCCCCCCUCUCCGAUUCGUCGUCGUUUUUUUUAUUUUCAACGUCAUAGCAACUAGUAAUUAAUGAUUAUAAUAGUAAUUAACGUUUUCUUUUAUAUAUAUAUAUUUAUAUUUAAUUCUUUAAUUUUGUACUAUUUAAAAGAUGAGUUAAGCACUGAACAUAAU